AGCGGGGAAGAAAGAAGCCGAGCGGGCGGAAGGCGCCCUCCCCGCCGCCUGGGCCCGGGCACCGGGUGCCGGGGCCGGGGUCCUUCCCGCCUCCCGCGGCCGUCGGCCGCUUUGUUUCCCCAGCCUCUGCGCCCGGGGCUACUCGAGCGGGGCUCUCGCUGGGGCAGCGCAGGGAACGCGGCGGCAGGAAGGGCGGCCGACCGCGCCGGGACUCGCGGGGACCCAGGAGUCCGGUGCCGGAGGGCCGCGUGACGAGAUCGAGAAGGGAGUCAGAGCUCCGCGGUCCAGGCUGCGGGCCGGGGGCGCCCGUGAGCAGAGACCUCCCCGUCGAGGGGGGGCGAUGUUCCCCUCGCCGGUGGGCUCUUCGGGCAGCCAAGGCAUCCCGUCGCUGGGACCAGGGCCCCCGCAGUGGGCACCCCCUCAGGCGGUUCCAUGGAGACUCUGUGCCCCGCUCCCCGCCUCGCAGUACCGACGUCCCCGCGAGGGUCGCCCUGCUCUCCCACACCCCGGAAGCCGCGUCGGGGGACCCAGGAGUUCUCUCCGCUGUGCCUGCGUGCCCUUGCCUUCUGCGCCCUUGCCAAACCCCGGGCGUCCUCUCUCGGCCCGGGGCCUGGGGAGCUGGCGUCUCGGGCCCCGCUGCUGCUCGGCCCUCGCGCCCCCCAGUGCACGGGCGGCUGGGCUCCGGAUGGCCUGAAGCACCUCGCGGGACCGGCCGGGCAGUCCGGCGAGCCGAAUUCCCAGGCCGGCCAGGAUGCCGACGCCGCAGUGUGCCGGGGCCGCGGCGAGGAGGAAGAGGGCGGAGGCAGUUUCCCGCACUUCGGCGCUCGCUCCUGCGUACCUCCGGGCCGCUGCCUGGCGCCCCGGCGCCCUCGGGAAUCUCCAAUCAACUCGGCCGCGGCUCCGCCUAGGCCAGCCCCGAGUCUGGACGCCCAGGCUGGCCCCACCGCCAGUCCGCACGAAGAGCCCAGUUCUUGGCCUCCACCGCCACCUGCGGACCUCUCCACCGAGCCCGCGGAGCCCGCGGCCGCGCCGGAGCCACCCCUGCCAGGCCCGACGAACGCAGUGGAUGGAAACUCCCCGGAGACCGCCCCCGAGGCACCCGCCGGGAGCCCCUCGACGGCCGGCGGGGCUCCGGCCGCGCCCGGCGAUCUGCGCCAGGAACAUUUCGAUCGUCUGAUCCGCCGGUCGAAACUUUGGUGUUAUGCGAAGGGCUUUGCCCUCGACACUCCCAGUUUGCGCCGGGGGUCGGAGCGGCCGCCAGCGAAAGGGCCUGCUCGGGGAGCCGCCAAGAAACGCCGGCGGCCGACAUCCCCGCGCCGCAGGGCGCAGCCUCGUCGCCCUGUGCCGACGCUCCCAACCACGAGUACCUUCAGCCUCCUCGACUGCUUCCCCUGCCCCCCGGCCUUGGUGGUGGGGGAGGACGGAGACCUAGGGCCGGCGUCCUCGCUUCGCCUCCAGGGAGACGCUAAGCCUCCGCCUGCCCACCCGCUGUGGAGGUGGCAGAUCGGCGGUCCCGCCGUGCCGGAGCCCCCUGGCCUCAAAUUCUGGGGGAUCAACUUGGAGGAACCCUGAGCUCAGCCGAGCCUGAGAGCUCUUCUGCCCAGGGGAAGAAGUUGGAGCCACAGCCAAACUGCGGGCUCUGGAUUGAGCCUCGAGUCUUUCGUCUGCCUGUCUGUCCCCUUUACAUUUUAUGGUCUGAUCGGAAGGUGCUCAAAUGACAGUGAUCUUCAGCACCUAACUGGUUGGGGUGACACCCUUUCCCCCUUAUCCUUCGGAGAUGAGCCCAGUGCUGGAGUCGGGAGAAGACUUAACCGAAAAAGGCUUAAUGACGUAGAUUGCAAUCCCUCCUCUCUUCCAUCUCUUCCAUCUUUGGGGGCAGGGCCUUCACUCCAGGGGGAGCAAAGGAGGCCACCGCUCAAAGACAGAAAGAAAAAAGAGAGAGAGCGAGAGAGACCUUGGUGAUGGACAAACCGGUUGUUUCUGUGGGCAAGCCUGGGGAAGUGGGGGCUGCUUUGGUGGGGGUGGGGAGGUGAUUGGCAGCUCCCUGGGGGCAUCCCCCACCCCUCCAGACCUUUAACCCUUUACUACCCUCAGGCCUUUCCCCAGCGCUCCUGACAGCAUUGGAGUUUCCCUGGGGCAAGGGGUAGCUUGGACAAGGGGAAGAUCACCCCUUCCAGCAUUUUUCCCCUAGGUCUCCCAAGUCAGGUGACCUCUACUUGGUGAGAUCUUCACUCUCACCCACCAGCCUUUCACUUUUGUCCAGUUUUGGAGAUUCCCUCUUCAUUGUUCCCUGUUUGCUUUCAAUUUAUAAGGUCUGGUGGGUAAAAGAGGAUUUUUCAAAACUAGCCAGUACUCUUAUCAGGAGGACAGGAUUGAGGGGCUGCUUCCCUUCCAAAAGUGCAGACUUUGCCUGGAGAAGGGGCCCGGAUUGUCCCAGGGAAAGUCAUGGAAGUGUAAGGUGGGCGAAAUCAAUAAAGUCAGACCAAAGGAGUUGCCUUCCGUGGUGCUCCACGAUUUAUGCAUGGGAGGGGGUAGAGACUGGCCUGGGUCCUUUCUUUUGACACCCAAACGAAGUCCCCCUCCCCCGUAAAGGGUAGCAGUAACAAGACAAGCUGCUUUUUGUGGAGGGCAAAUGAAAGGGGCUUGGCCUACCCACAAGGGUCUAGUGGGGUUUGAAAGGAGAAAGUUGGGAUUCGGAUGGGAACAGGGCUGAGGUGCCUUCCGCUCCCCCCUCCCUCCAUCAGUUUGAGGCACUUCGGGAGUUGUCAGGGACCUGAUGGAUCAGAAGGGG